ACCAGGGAGCGCCGCCUCUUCAGACGUCUUAUUAGAGGAGCCGCGGGACGGGCUGCGUCCGAGGUUCCCUGAGCGGCUCGCGGCCUUGGUAUCUGACACCAGUGUUUCGGUGCCUGCCGACCUCAGUUCCCCCGCCCCGCGAGCCUGGCCCGACAGCACGGGACGCCCGUGCGACCGGCCGCCGCAGCCAGACUCUGAUGCUGUCCUCUAGUAAGAGAAGGUUGCUCACGGCUCUGCUGCAGGCUCGGAGAUGGCCCUUUCAACCCUCCAGAGACAUGAGAUUAGUGCAGUUCCAGGCACCCCACCUGGUAGGACCUCACCUGGGCCUGGAGUCAGAGAAUGGCGGGGGGCUUAUCAACCUCAACACCUUUGACCCCACACUGCCCAAGACAAUGACGGAGUUCCUGGAGCAGGGAGAGACCACUCUCUCAGUGGCGAGAAGAGCCCUGGCUGCUCAGUUGCCAGUCCUGCCACGGGCAGAAGUGACCUUCUUGGCUCCAGUCACGCGGCCAGACAAGGUGGUGUGUGUGGGCAUGAACUACGUGGACCACUGCAAGGAACAGAACGUUCCUGUGCCUAAGGAGCCCAUCAUCUUCAGCAAGUUUGGCAGCUCCAUCGUGGGGCCCUACGAUGAGAUCGUCCUCCCUCCCGAGAGCCAGGAGGUGGACUGGGAGGUGGAGCUGGCCGUGGUCAUUGGAAAGACAGGCAAGCACAUCAAGGCCACAGAUGCCAUGGCUCAUGUGGCCGGCUUCACUGUGGCACAUGACGUGAGUGCUCGUGACUGGCAAAUGGGACGUAAUGGAAAGCAGUGGCUGCUGGGAAAAACCUUUGACACCUUCUGCCCCCUGGGCCCUGCCUUGGUGACCAAGGACAGUGUAGCAGACCCACACAACUUAAAAAUCUGCUGCCGCGUGAAUGGAGAGGUGGUCCAGAGCAGCAGCACCAAGCAGAUGGUGUUCGGGAUAGAGGCGCUGAUCGCCUGGGUCUCCCGGUAGGUUGGCUAUAAGGAGGAAAGGGAGAAGGACCAGACUUGAGCAAUCCAGGCAUAAGUGCAUGCAUAUGCAUGUGUGAGACACAGGACUGACACGCUGGUGGCCACUCUGUUGCAGAAGGGUGAUGAAGUCCAGUGUGAGAUUGAAGAACUGGGCGUCAUCAUCAACAAGGUGGUGUGAUGCCUCUGGCUGUAGGCCCCAGACUUAAGACAAGAGGUGGGCACCAGCUCCCACUCACCAGCCCAGCACUAGUCCCUCCAGGCUCCUCAUCUGGGAGGUGACAUGGAGUUCUCUUCAAUAAAAUUCUCAGGCCAGAGCAGCCGCUCUGCUUCUA